UCUCUCAUUGAUAAUUGUUAUUUUUGCUUUUAGGUAAUUCAGAGUAAUUUCCCUUAUGAUUGCACGCUGUGGAGCAGCAACACCCGACUGUUGUUUUCAGUUAUUAAAGUUUUAUUCCGUAGUGAACUCCUGCUGGUUGAAAAUGAGUCAGCAGGUCAAGUGUUUUUGGCCUCUGUUGUUUUAUUGCUGUCAGUCUUUGGACCCUGGACAGAUGCUGAAAAGACGUGAAGCAAAGAGAGGAUGCUCAGACGUCUCGUUACCGGGAGGCAGGACGCAUCACAUAUCACGGACACACACGCUGACAGGCUGAGUGGAGUUUGGAGAUUAAAAAAAAAAAAAAAAAAAAGACAGUAGGAUGCGUAGAAACACACCGUGAGAGGUGAACACAGAGAAAUAAUAAGCAUAAUGGACAGAAGACAGAGGACGCUUCUGCAGCUGCUCAGUUUUGCUGCUCUUCUGAGUUGUGCCCACAGCCAGUGUCACCAAGGCUGGAGGGAGUUUGAGGGUAAAUGUUACUACUUUUCAACCGAUGCGAAGUCGUGGAAUGACGCGAACGCAUUUUGUAUGACGCAGAGGAGCAGCCUGAUGAGCAUUCAGGAUGUUCACGAGAGGCAAUGGGUGAGCACACAACUCAACUCAGACAUCUACUGGAUCGGCCUGAAUGACCACGUGGUUGAAGGUGUCUGGGAGUGGAGUGAUGGGAAGCCUUUUAUUGAAUACCUGUCAUUCUGGAUGGGGGGUCAGCCUGACAACUGGGGCGAUGACCCCGGGGAGGACUGCGGUCAGGUGGUCGGGUCCAGCUAUGGACGGUGGAAUGACGAGAACUGUGAUGUUCAGAGGAAAUAUAUCUGCAAGCACAUCAACCCAAACCCUGGCCCGCAGUGUGACCUCGCCAACGGCUGGAGACAGUUCGGCUCCAGCUGCUACAAGCUGCACGCACUGGCCUGGAAGAGCUGGACUGAGGCCAGACAUGACUGCGUGCAGGACGGAGCAGACCUGGUGUCCAUUACUUCAGCAGACGAAGAGCAGUUCGUCACGGGAUCGCUGGACUCCUCGCACUUUGACCUCUGGAUCGGGUUUUCCACGCUGAAAUGCAACAAGAUUUCCUGUCAGGUGGAGGCGGGAAAUGAACAGUUCACCUGGUCUGACGCUCAGACGGUGGAUUACACAAACUGGGGUCCUAAUGAACCUGCAGGGGAUGCACAGACCGGCAUAUGUGCCGCAAAAAUCAAAGAGGAGACAGGUGAAUUUGGGAAAUGGAGAGGCCACAUGUGCAGAUACGAGCGUCCCUACAUGUGUGAACGACCACUGAACACUAUCUGCGCUCCCGGCUGGCAUAGCUUCGGUGGCAGCUGCUACUGGAUGGUCAGUAACACCGACCUGCUGACCACCUGGCACGAGGCCGUCACCAAGUGCUCCGAUAUGGGUGCUCACCUGCUGAUCAUUAACAGUCAGGAGGAACAGUUCUUCAUCAACGGGAACCUUCCAGACUUUCACCAGGUGAACGUUCCUGACAUCUGGAUUGGUUUGUCAGAUAAGGACCAGGACGGGAGUUUCAACUGGGUGGAUAAAUCCAAGAUUGAAUUUUCUAACUACGGUCCCGGCUGGCCCAAAAACACUGCCAACCUGUGGGACUGCGGACAGAUCUUCACAGGGAAUUAUGACGGCAGGUGGGAGACGACCAACUGCUUCAAGAGCCACGGUUACAUUUGUGAGAUGACGGGCGGACAGAACCCCAAACCCACCGCAACCCCUGAUUCCCACUGCGACGCUGGAUACUUGCUGUACGGGGACUUCUGCUAUAAGUUCGAGACCGAAGAGGUGAAGAACUGGCAGGAUGCUGAGGCCCACUGUGUCAAAGAGCAGGGUCACCUGGCCAGCUUCCACACGCAGGAGGAGCUGAGUUUCCUCGUUGCUCACAUGCCAGUAGGAGCCUGGAUCGGAUUGAAUGAUAUCCAGGUUGAAAACCAGUUUGUGUUCAGUGAUGGAACCUCUCCUGAUCUCCUCCCGUGGGUGCCCGGCCAGCCGGACAACUGGCAGGACAACGAGGACUGUGUGCACAUCAGAGGGAUGAAUGAAGUGGAACCUGGGUUACUCAAUGAUGAUUACUGCACCAGCUCGAGGGACUUCAUCUGCAAGAAACCCAAGGGUCAGGGACCUCCUCCACAGCCCCCAACAUCUGGACCAGGGUGGAACGAGAAGUGCGGCUCGUGGAUGGCCGACCCGUUUAACGACUACUGCUACCUGUUUAACUACCUGUCGAUGAGGUCGUGGGCGGACGCUCGAGCCGACUGCGUGAACCAGGGAGGAGAUCUGCUGAGCAUCACGGAGCCCUUCGAGCAGGGCUUCAUACACGGUGUGAUCCAGCACAGUCCCACGGGGAUCUCUCUGUGGAUGGGCGGUCAUGACUCGGUCACUGAAGGCGGCUGGGAGUGGACGGACGGUUCUCCUUUCAGAUUCAUCAACUGGAACGCAGGUAACCCGGACGACUAUUACGGUGAAGACUGCCUGUCCAUCAUCAUCAAUAACGGCUACUGGAACGACGACAACUGUGAGAACAAGAGAGGUUACAUCUGCAAGAGGAGAGGUGUAACACCUGAGCCUCCUCCGCCUCACGAUGGUUUCCAGACGGCGUUGGUGUGCCAGGGCUCCACUGCCGUCAUCCACUGUCUGGACGAAAGUGUCAUCAACAUCCAGUCGGCUUUCUACGGACGAAAGAGCGACGAGAUCUGUCCACACAUGGAGGGAUCAGAAGGGAGCUGCACAGUGGAGAACAUCCUUCCUCACUACAGAAAGACGUGCGACAAUCGUCAGUUCUGCUUCGUGUACGCCCACACGGAUCCCGACCCCUGUCCCGAUAUUUCCAAAUAUCUGGAGAUUGUGUACACCUGUGAACAGAAAGUGUGCCUGCACGGCCUGGGUGUCGAGGAUGGGAACAUCACAGACUCGCAGCUCUCUGCCUCCUCCUCCUCCUCUGCCAGCUUCACCGCCAGCAAAGCCCGCUUGAAUGGAGAUUCCUGCUGGAGGCCUUCAAGCACUUCCUCUAGCUGGAUCCAGGUUAACUUGGGCCAGACCAGGAAAGUAACAGGAAUAGUGAUCCAGGGUUGUCCCCAGUACGACUACUGGGUCACCAAAUUUAAGCUGCAGCACAGCAUGGACGGACUGAGCUGGACCGACUACACUGCUGACGGGGAGUUUUUCCCAGGCUCAUUAGACAGAAGCAGCCCUGAGACCCAGCUGCUGGGCACGCCUGUGUCGGCUCAGUACAUCCGCAUCCUCCCGCUGGAGGUCAACGGUCAGGCAGGCCUUCGCUUCGACGUCUUAGGAUGCACACCGGACUAUGCGAUCACGUGCGGCAGCGUGCCCGCCUUCAGCUUCACCAAUGAUAAAAAGACCGUCCACUGUCCAGCAGGCUGCGCCAGGGCCAGUUACACUGUGUACGGCACCUCAGAUUACCGCGGGGACUCAAACAUCUGUGCUGCAGCUAUCCAUGCUGGAGUGAUUCUCAAUGAAGUCGGAGGAGAUUGUACUAUGUUGAAAACUGCAGGACUGGACUUCUAUGCCGGCUCCACCAGGAACGGCAUCACCUCAAGGCAAUAUGAUGGGAGCUUUGGUGUGUCUUACACUUUUGCAGAUGGGGAGCUGAGGUGUUCAGGGCCGGACUGGUACGAGUUUGCAGAGUUCUGCUACAAACCUUUCCAAGACAAAAAGACAUGGCACAACGCCCGGACCGCCUGCAGGAGUCUGGGUGCCGAGCUCGUAUCCAUCCGCUCGAUUAAAGAGCAGCUCUGGCUGGAAAGCUACCUGUACCUGGAAACUAGUGACGUGUGGACCGGUAUGAAUGACCUGGAUUUCCCUGGCCUGUUCACCUGGUCUGACGGACACAUGGUGACCUUCACUUACUGGGCUCCCGGGGAACCCAACAACCACGCUGGGUACAAUGAAGACUGUGUCGAGAUGUUGAGCCGAACUGGCAGAUGGAACGACGUGACCUGCUCAGAACUCAAUACCUACAUAUGCAAAAUGCCCAAAGGACAUUACCCGGUGCCCUCUGUGAAACCCACCGUGUACGGAUGCCCUCAGGGCUGGGACGCGUACGGCUACGCCUGCUACUGGAUGGAGGAGACUCCCAGGAGCUGGUCGGAGGCGAAGGAGUUCUGUGAAGGCCAGGACAGCUUCUUGGUGCACCUCGGAGACAUUUACGAGCAGGCACAUUUCACAGUGGAGCUGUCAGGAAAGACUGGAUUCUGGUGGAUUGGCCUGCGAGCUCAAGGAGGAACGAGUGGAGGGGUGGACUACUACUGGGACAACGGCGCACCUCUCACCUUCACUCACUGGGACAAAGACCAGCCAGACAGCGGAGAUGGCAAAUGCGUGGCGAUGACCUCGGGUCAGAUCGGUGGUUUCUGGGAUGACAAGGAGUGCUCAGAGAAGUUCAACUUCUUCUGCGAGAAGCCCAGGCCCGACAUCAACCCGCCCACAAAAGCCCCGACUCCUCCUCCAGCGCAGGGCUGCGCUAACGGCUGGACGGCUCAGCCUCACUUCAGAUACUGUUACAAGCUCUUCCACAAUGUGGACUGGUCCAUGAAGAAGAGCUGGGGAGCAGCACGUGAGGACUGUGUCUCCCGCGGAGCUGAUCUGGUCAGCAUCCACAACCAGGAGGAGGAGGACUUCCUGUCGCUGUACAGCAAAGGCACCAGCAAGUGGAUCGGCCUCAAGCGCAACCCAACAGAGGGAGGAUACUCCUGGAGCGAUGGCACCCCUGUCAGCCACACCAACUGGGGUCACGGGGAGCCCAACGACCACGAGGGCCGCGAGGAGUGUGUUGAGAUGGUGAGUAGCACCAACGGGACGUUCUCCUGGUGGAACGACCUGAACUGUGACGCUCACCAAGACUGGAUUUGCAGAAUUACCAAGGGAAAGAACCCCAUCCUGCCCCCUGUGCCCCCGUCUCCUGUCCCAGCUCCCGACUGUGGGCCAAACCCCGGCUGGAGGAAGAACAACAACAUCUGCUACUAUUACAACGACACUGACAUCGUGGACUUCCACACAGCAAUGGUCCGCUGCUACAAGGAGAAAGCCAGGCUCGUCAGCAUCCACAGCACAGAGGAACAGGCCUUCGUCAACACCAUGGUGGGGACAGGUGAAGUCACCGCAGCCUGGAUUGGGAUGUGGAUGUCUGGCAUCGCGAGCGGACAAUACCACUGGGUGGACCACUCUGCUGUUUCCUACACUCACUGGGCUCCAGGUGAGCCCAACAACGCCAACGGGGAGGAGCAGUGUGUUCAGAUGAACCGACACCAAGGUACAUGGAAUGAUGCCAACUGUGGGCGGGCUGGAGCAGGUUACGUCUGUAAGAAGCUCCCUGGAGAUAACCACACCCCUCCUCCACCCACACAGCCCUGGGAGGGCAACUGCCCUGAAGGUUGGAUGCGAUUCAGGGAUAAGUGCUUCAUGUUCAAAGGGAAGAAAAACGACAUCAAAGCCAACUGGACUUUUGCUUCGAGUUGGUGCAAAGACCAAGGAGGAGCACUGGCCAUUAUUGACAACCAGUACGAGAACGACUUUGUGUCCAGUUACCUGAAGGACCUCCACCGCCCCACGUGGAUCGGCCUGUCAGAUAUCCUGGUGGAGAAUCAGUACGCCUGGAGUGACGGGGUCAGCUCCGUGAAGUACACCAACUGGAACGAAAACGAGCCCAACAACGCAGGAGGAGCGGAACACUGUGUGGCCAUAAGUCACAACUACCUGGUGACCGGCAGGUGGAACGAUGACAGCUGUCAUAAGGAUCACAGCUUCGUCUGCUCCAGGAAGAAAUCAAGCACCAUUGAUCCUCCACCACCAACCAAGAACCCCUGCCCGGAUGGUUACAUCUCCUGGUACCAGAACUGCUACAAGCUGGUGGAGGAGCCAGCGACCUGGGACGCAGCUCAGACGGUCUGCGAGCAGCAGGGAGGCAACCUGGCCAGUAUCGACAUGAGCUACGAUCAGGCCUUCAUCGCCGGAGUGGUGCUGCAGGGCAAAGCUGAUGCCUGGAUCGGACUCAGGCGCAAGGAGGACGGCUCCUACAUGUGGACAGAUGGCUGGCCAGUUUUCUUCACUCAGUGGGGACCGGGAGAGCCAAGCAACAUUGACGGCGAGGGUUGCGUGAGCAUGCACGGUUCGCCAAUGUUCCACGGGACCUGGAACGACACCAAGUGUGACGUCUCUAAACCCUACAUCUGCAAGAUCUCCUCCGAGAAACCUCCACCGACUCCAGCUCCCGGUGAUGGGAAGUGUCCGCUCUUAUGGUUCCCCUACGGCCGCUACUGUUACUACGUGUACGACGGUCAGCAGGGUUUCUCCUGGCCAGACUCUCGACACUACUGCCAGUCGAUCAGGGGGGACCUGGCCUCCAUCCACAGCAGAGCAGAGGUCGAGUUCAUCAGGAACCUCAACUACACCAAAUAUCACCACAUCUGGAUCGGCCUCACCAGGGACAACAACUUCGGCUGGGCCUGGACUGAUAAGACGGCUCUGGGCUUCACCAACUGGGCUCCCAAUGAGCCAAACUUUGCCUUCCACCCCGGGGACGUGGCUGAAGAGAACUGCGUGGAGAUGUACCACGACGGACACUGGAACGACAACAACUGCCUCGAGAAGAGAGGUUUCGUAUGCCGCCACCGCCAGUACUAUACAACUGAUGAUGGCGGCAAUCCAAUAAUUCCCACUGAUGGUCCAGAUGUUAGUGGCAACAAUGGAGGGGUGGUAGCUGGCGCCAUCAUUGGAGCCAUUCUGUUUAUAGUCUUGAUUGUCGGACUGAUGUAUUAUGUCAUCAGAGUCCGGGGUUACAAACUGAGCAGCUUGAGCCUGCCAACAAGAUCCACCAGUAAAGCUGAUGUGGUCACCUUCAACAACCCCAACUUUGAAACAGACACGUAAAAACCAUCAUUCGGGUUUUGUACAGUACAUCGAAUUUGCUUCUUUUUUAAAAACAAAUCAGUGAUUAUGUAGCAUUUAAGUUUCCCCGAGUUCUUAAAGUUUCAACACUAUUGUAAAUACUGUAAUAGACAAAUGAAAAAUGUAUUAAAAAGAUUAUUAUAGAUUAUUUUCCUUAGUUGCACUUAUGUCUCUGAAGUGCAGCAGUUAUUUUGUAAUGUUUACAGCAGAGUAAAUGUUCAUGAACAGUUUACUCUUAGAAAAAAAAAAGGAUUAAAACAAUAAACUCAU